GUUUGUUCAAAAAAAAAGAGAUGUGUUCAAGUGUUCAUUCACACAGCAGAACAAUCAAAUUGUAGGGCCACCUAUAUCAGUUCUAACAACAAUAAAAAUUUAAAACCUUGUAUAACCGCCAAACUAGGCUACAUGUAAACAUGGGUCGGCCCCACACCAACCGUUUAAACAUCCAAACUUUGAUCUCUCAAAAAAGAGUUAAAAACCUUAAUAUAACUGCCAAACAAGGCCACAUGUAAACAUGGGUUGCCCCCACACCAACCAUUCAACAUUCCAGAGUUUUGAAGAGUUCUCUGUGAAGACACAUUCACAAACUCCUCCAUGGCCUCUUCCAUUUCUUUAACUUCUCUUCUCUUCUUCUUCUACACCACACUCUCAAUCUCCUCUUCUGUUACCUUCUCUGCAACAGUUGUGGAAGAUCUAAACAACUUAAACCCACCUCCAGACUUCAACACAACAAUCGUCAACAACUGUAAAAACCAACCAUCUCUAAGAUACUGCAAGAAUGUCACCCCCUUAGGCUUGGACCUCCCAGAAAUCUUCAAAUUCACCAUUGUUGCAAGCCAUUUAUGCAACGAGUCGAAAAACCCAAACUGCAUUGAGUCCUUCCCUAAAAUAGACCUUCGAAACCGCCCCAAGAUCGCCCCGCUAUACUUAUCUUUCACCUUCUUUUGGAAGUUCUGUCCCUUAACCAUCCUAUCAAUUGAUCUUGCCAACAACUCUUUGAAAGGUAACUUCCCAUCUGAUAUUUUUCACUGUUCUCAAAUCCAAGCUCUUGAUUUGAGCCACAAUAACCUUUCAGGGGAUGUUCCAAUACAAAACUUGUCUAUGGUUGUCACCAACCUUACUUAUCUUAACCUAUCAUACAAUCACUUCUCGGAAAUUAAAAUCUCUGAUACCAAGUUCUUAAAACGGUUUAAUUCUUCGAGUUUUCUUUAUUCUGGACUCAUCCCAGAUCACAAAAAGUUCAAAAUCAAGGCUCUAUUAUUGCUGUUUGGCUUUCCAAUCUUUAUGAUUUUCAUGGUUGUGUUCUUGUGCUGGCUUUGCUUUUAUCGGCCAGACUUUCUUCCUAGAAUCUUUCAAAGAAAGCACAAGUUCACACCAUCGAUGCUAAAGGCAGCAACAAAUGGGUUUUCCAAGAAGAAUUUGGUGGCAAAGAGUGAUCAACUUCAUAUCUAUAAAGGGCUGCUGAGAGAUGGAAGUGAAGUGAGGAUUGAAACUUAUUGGGAAAACAUAUCGAGAGAAGAACGACGAAAUUUUGUUGAAGAAUGUAAGGUUCUUGUUCGGUUAAGUCACAAGAACUUGGUUCAAGUAGUGGGCUGGUGUGAUCAUCGACGAUUGAGGGCUGUAGUUGCAGAAUGGAUUGAAGGAGAGAAUGUUGAAAUGUGGCUGUCAAGGUCGGCUCCGCCAUGGAAGAAGAGAGUGAAGAUGUUGAUGAGAAUAGUGGAAGCUAUGCGUUACCUGCAAGAGGAAUGGCCUCAAGUUGGAUAUGACCUCAAGACUAGUAGCAUAUUGUUACCUGAGGAUCAUAGGGAGGCAUUGAUUUCAAGAUUCAGAGUUGAAGAUCAAAACGGUUGCACCAACAAGAAGGUUAACAAGUUGGGAGUGUUAGUCUUGGAGAUGGUAACAAACAGAAGGCCUAGAGAAGAGUUUGAGAGUGGGGAAGCUGGUUUUGUUGAGUGGGUGAGAAUGAAUUAUACAAAUAAUACAUAUGUUGCUGAGAAAGUGUCAUUGAUCGAUGAGAGAAUGAAAAAGAUGACUCAACAUACGUUGGAUCAAGCUACAGAAGCAAUCGGUUUAGGGUUAAUGUGCACAGACCUGUCGUCAAGAGGCCGACAGCCGAGCUUGGAUCAGAUCUCCGACAUGAUAACUACAUUAUAUGACUCUUUUGUUUUGGUUUCAGCAUCUCCGAAUCAAAAGAGAGUAAUGCAUGGAGAUAGAGGGAGAAGACACCGACGCAUUCAAUCAAGAUGAACAUGAAGUUUACUAGUGCUUAAUUUGGAAUUUCUGUAUGUAUUUGAAUGUUUUUAUGUAUGGAUAUGAAUAGAAUUGUGUACAUCUUCUCCAUGGUCAAGAUAUAUGCAGGUUUGGAGAUUGUGAUUCAUGAAAAAGUACAAAUCAUUGUGUAAUUCAGUUCAAUCUCUGUUAUUUACUCUUAAAGCACACAAACCAUUAGGAGCUGAGAUCAAAUAUAUCCAUCAAACAAAGCCAACUCAUGAGCAGUUGCUUGUCCUAUCUGUUUUAAUCGGUUAACUGUCGAU